AUGAUGAGACUAUUGUUGAUAGUAGUCGAGAUUCGUAAUAUUGGAGCAGUAUCUCGAUCGAGACUAUCACAACAACAACAACAAGUACUUGCAUCUUCAUACUCUUACUGCUCCUACUCAACAACAGCAACGAUUGAUUGGGAUAAAAAAUGGUCAAUUAGAGAAUUAGCAGAACAACAACACCAACAUAUAGUUACCAAAGAGCAAUUGGAACAUUUGGCAUCAUUGUCAAUGUUAAAGCUAAAGGACAGCGAUAUAGAUUCAUACUGUAAACAAUUGGGUGGUGUACUACAUGCAAUGGAUACGAUGCAGCAAGUCGAUACAACAGGUGUACAGCCAAUGCAUUCUGUACUCGAAAAUGAUCAUAUUAUCAUGCACGAUGAAGACACUUCUUCCAAAGACAGCGACAAUAAUGAUGAUGACGUCUACUUGAAAACAAAGACAAUCUUACAACAUUCAACAUCUACUAUUGCCAAUUUCUACAAAGUACCAAAGAGAGUUAAAACUUUGGAUAACAACAAUAGUAAUAGUACCAACAACAACAAGACAAACAAUAGAGAUGAAGAUGAUGAUGAAGAAUUUUAA